UUGCGUAAUCAUUUAUUAAGACGUCAUCCAACAAUUCAGACCGUAAGUCUCAAAAAGAAGAGUGAAAGUGGUGGUGGCAAUUGUGGUAAUGCACGAAAUGGUGAUGGACAAGUUUUUGAUGACAUGGAUUUAGGCAUCGUGCCAGUUCCAGAUUCUCAAAAUAUUGAUAAUUCGGAUACUGAAAGCGUGGCUUCUUCUUCUGUCUCUGUAUCAGUCUUAAAACAGCCAACAUUGGCAUCUUGCUUAACAAAUAUAAAAUCAUUUCGAGAUAAUGGUGUUAAAAGUGGUGAACUAGCCAAUGCAAUAGUCUUCAUGAUAGCAAAGGAUGGCUUGCCUCUAAAUACUGUGGAAAAAACAGGAUUCCAAUAUUUGAUGAAAGUAGUGGCACCGCUAUAUAAAGUUCCAGCCAGAAAAACAAUUACCCACAUGAUUGACGAUAAAUAUAACGUUCUUUCAGCACAACUGAAAUUAAAAAUACAAGAAGUAGAAGCACUAUCUUUGACUGCAGAUGUUUGGACCGACACGCAUAAUAGUCAAAGCUACUUAGGCUUAACUGGUCAUUGUAUAUAUGAAAAUAAAUUAAUGAGCAUAAUUUUCGGUGUAACUGCUCUAACAGAACCGCACAAUGCUGACUACUUAGCACAAGUAAUUAUUAAUAUGACAGAAAAAUGGGACAUCACAAGUGACAAAGUGGUAGCGUUUAUCACGGACAAUGGCGCUAAUAUCGUUAAAGCAAUCACAAAUGUUUAUGGCAAAAAUAAAAACAUGCCAUGCUUUGCUCAUACAUUAAACCUAGUAGCAUCACAACCAUUUGACAAUAAGGAUGGACUAGACGAAGCCAAGAAUUUAUUAACAGCUGUUAAAGAUAUUACUAUAUAUUUUAAGCAAAAUACAAAUGCUGCUGACUCUUUAAAGAAAGCUCAGCAUCACCAAACAAAGCCUUUGGGGCUUAUUCAAUCUGUGUGUACCAGAUGGAAUUCUAUUUUUUUAUCAAUUAUAACGAUUUGUUGA